CGCAGCACCGAGCGAGCAUUAUAAAGAGAGGACGGAUGGCGACGAGACCGUCACCGUCUUCUCCUUGUCUUCGCUUCCUUCCCUUCUGCUUACUAGUCAUGUCCACUGAUAUUUCUUUCCCCGCCCCGGUCGGCGGCGUGCCUUUUGAACGCGACUUUGGACCCUCUGUUUUGUUCGCUACACUCUACGCAAUUCUUGUCAUAGCUGGAAUUUACCGCUUUGCUCGGACCACAACGCGCACGCUCGUCAGGCUCGGAACUUUUGCCUUUGCAGUUGAGCGAAUCGUCAUCUGGUCUCUGCGCGCCAAGCAGGCAAAGACACCCGCAGAGGACCUCGACCGCAACCUGACCAUCUACUGGCAGAUGACCUUCGCGAUCGGCUACAUCUCAUUACACGCUGACACAAUCACGCUCCUCCGCUGUCUCUUCGUCCGCACGACCAGGGGCAUCUCGCCGAAGGACCAGACACCACUCGAAAGCGACAGGGAGUCGCCCGAGCCUGCCGGGCCGUACGGAGGGUACGCGAUGCCCGUCGAUGAGGACCAGCCGGACACGCGCUUCUGGUACCGUCGCGCGUUCGGUGCGCUCGCGCUCCUCACUUGGGUGCCCAUCAUCAUCGGCAUCGUGAUGGGCUACAACUACGUCCAGGCGGAGACAAACGCGGAAAAGGCGCAGAACGUGCAGACCCUCAGAUAUGCCGUCUCCGCCAUCGUCUUCGUCUUCCUGCUCGUCCUCCAGGCCUUCUCGCUCUUCGGCCUCCUGUACGUCCGCAGGAUCCAGCGCACAGGCGUCCUCUUGGGGUUCGUCAUCUCUACCGUCCUCAUCAUUAUCCCUCUCUACCACUUCGUCGUCAUGCACAACUGGACAACCUCGCUCACGUCCAUGGCGCUCGGCUCGCAGAACACCGCGGGCGAGAAGGCCGCGUUCUACAUCUUCCAGGCCCUGCCCGAGGUCGCCGCCGCGGCGCUGCUCAUGGUGCCCAACAUCCGCGAGCUGUUCAGUACGGGCAUGUGGGGAGACAGGUCUACCGAUUCCAGCAGGGACGAGAAUAAGGCAUAGAGGGGCGGUGGUAUGGACACAUUUUUU